AUGCUGUUUGGUAGGUGCGGUAACCUUUCGCCCACAGCGGAAUCAUGGAUGCUUCAUUGGGAAAUCAACGUUGUUAUCUCAGUUAUCCUGCUCUUAAUGUGGGACGGGGCACGUGUAGCGGCAGCUUUCAGUCAAUGUGACUGUUUGCGACAAUUAUGGCUGCUGACACGCAAGAAUCUGAUUCUUGCCCGACGCGAUAAAUUAUGGACGUUGUUCGAAGUGGUUCUUCCACCUAUAUUCAUUCUUCCUUUCACAUUGUUCAUUGCAAGGCACGGCACCGUGCACUUGUCACCAAGUAGAUCGUUCGAGCCUGUGCCUCUGGAAGGUGGAGCAGGAGACAUUACUCGAAAUGUUAGUCUCGAAACUUCCAUACCAACGCGAUGGUGUAAUCGUGAACGAGUCUUUAUAGCUUAUUUAUUCGCAGGCGGUGUAAUAUUCAACCAGUUUGACACAAAAGCUGCUAAGCUCAGUUACAAACUACUCGUACCCACUGGCACCAAUAUUUCUGAUGAUUGGAAUUUCGAUGAGGAAUGGCGUAAACCAUAUGACUUCGAUAAGAGUUUCAGCAGCAGGUGGCUCAACUUAGUAUGA